AUGGCAAGCAAAGACGACCAUAACGAUGACGAGAUCCGUGAACAGGACCGUUUCCUUCCAACUGCAAACAUCUCUCGUAUCAUGAAAGUUUCGCUACCUUCGACAGCCAAGAUUGCCAAAGACGGCAAAGAGACGGUACAAGAGUGUGUGAGCGAAUUUAUUUCGUUUAUUACAAGCGAAGCGAGUGACAAAUGCCAACAAGAAAAGCGCAAGACUAUUAAUGGCGACGAUAUUAUCUGGGCUAUGAGUACUUUAGGCUUUGACUCGUAUGUAGAGCCACUUAAGCUUUAUCUUCAAAAAUACCGCGAAUCGGUCAAGGUGGAGAAGAAUGACAAGAAAGACAACGUCGGGUCUUUUGGUGCUUCCUCGUAG